AUGGAGUGGCUCAAUCUUUGUCUUGCUUUGCUACUUCUAUCUCUUGUCUUGCCAAUUUGUAUCAGCCAAGAGAAUUUAGGACCAGGAAAAUCUAUCAUUGGAAACCAGACCUUGAUUUCUUCUCUUGCGACCUUUGCAUUAGGCUUCUUCAGUCCUGAAAAUUCUACCAAAUACUUCCUUGGUAUAUGGUACAACAAAAUCCCGAAGACACCAAUAAUAUGGGUAGCUAACAGAGAAUCCCCACUUGAUUCUCCGGUACCUGCUUCUGCAAAGAAUGGGACAACUGGUGUACUAGUAGAUAAUGGAGAUCUUCAACUUAGAUUUGGAGAAGAUACUCUAUGGCAGAGCUUCGAUAAUCCCUCUGAUACUUUUUUGGCUAACAUGAAACUUAGCUUUAAUAAAAGGACGGGCAAACGAAGGGCCCUUACAUCCUGGGCAGCACUUGAUGAUCCACAACCCGGAAAGUUUACCUCAGGCAUUGAUCCUAAAGUGCCUGGCCAGCUUGUUAUCUGGAAGGAAAAUGCUAUAUAUUGGAGAAGUGAUUUGUACGUUGGCAAAGAGACGAACACAGACUUUGUUGUUGAUGGUGGUCAUGCUCCAUUGUUAAAUGGAACUGCUUACUUCCUUACUUACAACUCGGAUGCUGAAGAGGUUUACCUUACUUAUGGUGUCUCAGAUAGGGUAAUAUUGAAUCCAAAUGGGCAGAUUGAGCUGCUUCUGUGGCUAGAUCUCAGUAAAAAAUGGUUUUCAUGGUGGAAGAAGCCUGUUGAUACAUGUGAUUUCUAUAAUCGUUGUGGUCCAUACGGUGCCUGCAAUGAUAAAAAUGAAACCCUCUCAUCACCAUGCAAGUGUUUGACAGGUUUUCGGCCAAAAUUCCAAGAACAAUGGGAUAAGGGGAAUUGGGUUGGUGGCUGUGUUCGAGAGAAAGCAUUGAUGUGUAAAGAAGAUGGGUUUUCAAAAUUUUCUAAGUUGAAACUGCCAGAUCAUGCUGUUCUGUUAGAAAAUAUGACUAUGAGUGCGUGUGAAUCUAAAUGCUUCCAGAACUGCUCUUGCACAGCUUAUGCUUAUCCAAAUGUGACCGCAGGAAGCAGUAGGAAAUGUCUGACAUGGUUUGGUGACUUGAUGGAUAUUCUAGAUAAUCAACCUGUUGAUUCUCCCAGUCUUAAGAGUCAUUCCCAUAUUGUAUUGAAAAAGUCCCCUGUAAUUGGAAUAGCGUCGGCAACAGGGGUAUUGAUUACAUUAGUUCUUGGGUAUUUCUUGUGGAAGAAAUACUUGGGAAUGGAAGGGAGCACGGAAGGCAGUAAGAGUGAGACUAUAAGUAAAGCCAGAGCUGAAGCUGCGAAGAAUGAUGCAGAACUACCACUCUUCAGUUUAAAGAGAGUUUUAGCUGCAACAAACAACUUCAGUGUAGCGAAUAAACUGGGAGAGGGAGGAUUUGGCCCUGUUUAUAAGGGGACACUUCACCACUUUCUUAUAGCCAAGCUCCAGCAUACCAAUCUUGUUAGGCUCUUGGGUUGCUGUAUUGAAGAGGAGGAACUCAUCUUGAUCUAUGAGUUCAUGCCCAAUCGAAGUUUGGACAAACUUUUGUUUGCUCCAUCAAACAAUACAGAAUUAGAUUGGGGAAGACGUUUUCGAAUUAUAGAAGGUAUUGCUCAGGGACUACUUUAUAUCCACAAGUACUCUAGAUUGAAAAUCAAUCACAGGGACUUGAAAGCAAGUAAUGUGCUGUUGGAUGGAGCAAUGAAUCCCAAAAUUUCAGACUUCGGAAUGGCUAAGAUUUUCGAAAUAAAUCAGACUGAAGCAAAUACCAAUAGGGUUGUUGGCACAUAUGGAUACAUGUCGCCAGAGUAUGCCAGAUAUGGCCAUUUCUCUGAGAAACUAGAUGUGUUUAGUUUUGGAGUGUUGUUGUUGGAAAUUGCUUGGGAAUUGUGGAAAGAAGGUAGAGGAAUGGAGGUGAUUGAUGCAUCAGUAAGGGAAACAUGCCCCCUUGAUGAAGCUUUGAAGUGUAUCCAUGUAGGGUUUUUGUGUGUUCAAGAAGCUCCAGAGGAUCGACCAACAAUGUCUUCUGUAAUUCGUAUGCUGCAGGCCAACGAAGCCACAUCACUUCCACCAUCCAAGGAACCUGUCUUUUCAACUCACAAGAAUUCCGUACCUGCUGCUGUUAGUUCUUCUGGUCAAACAUCUGCAAGUUUUUCCAACAAUACAGUCACCAUUAGUUUGGCAGAAGGUCGAUAG